UUUAGUACCCGGACGCUUCGUGCUAAAUUUGUGCUGUGCAUGUGCGCCAAACAAGCCCUUUUUUGUAUCCCUGCGCUGUUUGUUUACAUUCUGUGGAUUAGGCACAAAAGUAAACGAAAGACUAAAUUCAAACAUUCCUCUUCGUACGCUGCAUUUUUAUAUUGUAUCUAAAGGUCGUAUUAUAGUUAGUGGCAAAUUUUUUAGCUUUAAAAUGCCGUGUAUGUUCGAGAGCUGUAAAACAAACCAUCAAACGAUGAAGAAAAAUAACCAGGAAAAAAUUCGGUUCAUAUCAUUCCCCACGACGGAUUUCACAAAUGAAGAGAUGAGGAAUUUAGCGAAAAAGCGGCUUUAUUGGUGGUGUCGUGUUUGUGGUGUAGAUUUCACGACGACACUAAUCAAUCAGCUUCACAUUUGUUCCCGGCACUUUUUGAAAGGAAACUGUGCUCCGCUCUGGGAUGUGCACAAUCCGGACUGGAUUCCAAGUUUGUACAUUCCGCAACAAGCUCGCCAACCGGUAAAUGUAUCGACGGAAGAAAGCUGUGCAGAAUUCUUACGAAACGAACAGCUUACGGAGGAAUCGAUCGCUAACCCACUGCUCGACCGGCAGCCCGAUAAUUCAGCACUUCGAUCGCUGUUAAUUGAUGAGAUCAUCGCAUACCCAAUCGGGCGAACAUACUUCCUGUUGGACAAUGAAAACGACGAAUCAAGCAAUGCCCCGUAUGACGCUAAGCAGUUGUCGAGAGAGCUAAAAAAAUGUUUUUCAGAGUCAACCCCAAUCGGACGCAUGGUGCUGCAACCGCAGGCAUCGGAUUGUCCACCGCGAAUGUUUUCUACCAAUGAUACGAUUACAGAGUUGGACCUAUCUAUGCCACCUCGGUGGGAAACGGAACGGAUCAUUAUGCGGCUGCAAAACAGUGUGCUAGAGCUGAUCAAUGUCUUGGAUGAGAAAUGAUAAAUAUAAAACUACCAAAGAAUUCCACGAUAAA